CAACAAAAACCCUAAAAAAUGAACCCCGUCUUUCUCCUUCUCAUCAUCCUCCUCCCCAUCUUCUUCUCCACCAUCCUCCUCUUCCGAAAACCAAGAAAACCAUCCAUCAAUGGCGGUUCCACCACCGUCACCUUCAAAGACUUACUAAAAAACGGCCACCGUUUCCUAGAUUGGACCACCGAGCUCCUCCUCUCCAGCUCCAUCCACACCAUCACCAUGCCCUCCACCGUCAUCACCUCCACCCCUUCCAACGUCCAACAUAUCCUCAAAGCCCACUUCCCCAACUACCCUAAAGGCCCUUCUAACAUCUCCGUUCUCCACGACCUCCUCGCUGACGGCAUCUUCAACGCCGACGGUGACCACUGGAUUCUCCAACGCAAAACCGCCAGCCACCACUUCAACACCAACUCCAUCCGCUCCUUCCUCACCACCACUCUCCAAUUCCAAACCACCACUCACCUCCUUCCGAUCCUUUCCGCUGCCGCCGUCUCCGGCGACGCUCUCGACCUCCAAGACACUCUUGAACGCUUCUCCUUCGACAACGUUUGUAAGCUCGCUUUCAACGUCGAUCCUUCCCUUCUCGCCGGUGACUCCGUCGAAGGCGCGAGAUUCGCCCGAGCUUUCAAGACCGCUGUUGCUGUCUCCGUCAACCGGUUCGCUCAACCCCGGUUUCUCUGGCGGCUUCGGCGGCUGCUAAAUCUCGGCGAUGAACGGAAGUUGAAAGAAGCUAUGAAGAUAGUGAAUGAGUUCGCCACCAGAGUUGUUGAAGAGAGGAUGAUGAAAGGGAAAGCUGGAGGAGGUGAUGAUCUCUUGUCCAAGUUCAUCCAAGACGACAACGCCAACAACUCCGACCAACUACUCCGCGACAUCAUCAUCAGCUUCGUGCUGGCCGGGCGUGACUCGACAUCCAGCGCCCUCACCUGGUUCUUCUGGGUGGUCUCUUCACGGCCAGAGAUCCGGCGAGCAAUCCGGGACGAAAUCUCAUCGGUAAGAGCCAAACAUGGAAGUGAACCCGGGCAGGCAUUUAAGCUAGAGGAGCUGAGAGAGAUGGAGUACUUGCACGCGGCGUUGUCGGAGUCGCUGAGGCUUCAUCCGCCGGUGGCGCUGAACCCGCGGGCGUGCUUGGAGGACGACACGUUGCCGGACGGGACGAGAGUGAAGAAAGGUUGGUCGGUGAUGUAUAGCACGUAUGCGAUGGGGAGGAUGAAGAGCAUAUGGGGAGAGGAUUGCAUGGAGUUUAGGCCGGAGAGGUGGGUGGUGGAUGGAGUGUUUCAGCCGAGGAGCCCGUACGAGUUCCCGGUGUUCCAUGCAGGGCCAAGGAUGUGUUUGGGAAAGGAGAUGGCGUAUGUGCAGAUGAAGGCGGUGGCGGCGAGCGUGCUGGAGAGGUUUGAGGUGGAAGUGGCGCCCGGGGAGGAGAAGGAGAGAGUGCAUGGCUACACUAUUGUGCUUAGGAUGAAGGGUGGCUUGCCUGUGCUUAUCAAGAAUAGGGAUUUAAGUUCAUCUGAAUGAUGUUUGUUGGGUCUUGUGCUUAUUAGGAAUAGAGAUUAAGUUCAUCUGAAUGGUGUUGUUGGGUUCUUGUGCUUAUUAGGAAUAGAGAUUAAGUUCAUCUUAAUGGUGUUGUUGGGUUCCUUAGCUUCAUCUUUUGUCCUAAAUUUGUUAAAAAAAAUAAAAUAAUAAAAGGGCAAAAUAUCAAAAUAA